UAGUCCUCCGGUGUCCCCGCGGUGGCUGGGCCGCGCCAUGGCGGCGGCCGGAGCCCCGGCGGGCGGCGCGGGGCGCUCCAAGGUGGCGCCGAGCGUGGACUUCGAUCACAGCUGCUCCGACAGCGUCGAGUACCUCACCCUCAACUUCGGGCCCUUCGAGACCGUGCACCGGUGGCGCCGCCUCCCGCCCUGCGACGAGUUCGUGGGGGCCCGGCGCAGCAAGCAUACUGUGGUGGCCUACCGGGACGCCAUCUACGUGUUCGGCGGCGACAACGGGAAGACGAUGCUGAACGACCUGCUGCGCUUCGACGUGAAGGACUGCUCGUGGUGCAGGGCUUUCACCACGGGGACCCCGCCAGCGCCGCGGUAUCACCACUCGGCUGUGGUCUAUGGGAGCAGCAUGUUUGUGUUUGGUGGCUACACUGGAGACAUUUAUUCCAAUUCCAACCUGAAGAAUAAAAACGAUCUCUUUGAAUACAAGUUUGCAACUGGGCAGUGGACUGAGUGGAAGACUGAAGGGAGGUUGCCGGUUGCCAGGUCAGCUCACGGUGCAACAGUGUACAGUGACAAGCUGUGGAUCUUUGCAGGAUACGAUGGCAACGCACGGUUAAAUGAUAUGUGGACAAUUGGCCUCCAGGAUAGAGAGCUAACGUGCUGGGAAGAGAUUGAACAAAGUGGUGAAAUUCCUCCUUCGUGCUGUAACUUUCCUGUGGCUGUUUGCAAAGACAAGAUGUUUGUUUUCUCGGGACAGAGCGGAGCAAAGAUUACCAAUAAUCUCUUUCAGUUUGAGUUCAAGGAAAAGAUCUGGACCCGGAUUCCCACCGAGCACUUGCUUCGAGGCUCCCCUCCUCCUCCACAACGACGAUACGGCCACACAAUGGUUGCGUUCGACCGGCAUCUCUAUGUGUUUGGUGGUGCUGCAGAUAACACACUGCCCAACGAGCUUCACUGCUACGAUGUGGACUCCCAGACCUGGGAAGUUAUCCAGCCCAGCCCAGACAGUGAGUUACCCAGUGGGAGACUCUUCCACGCAGCAGCUGUUAUCUCGGAUGCUAUGUACAUCUUUGGUGGCACGGUGGACAAUAACAUCAGGAGUGGAGAGAUGUACAGGUUCCAGUUUUCCUGUUACCCUAAAUGCACUCUCCAUGAAGACUACGGAAGGCUGUGGGAAAACAGACAGUUCAGCGACUUGGAGUUUGUUUUGGGAGAGAAGGAGGAACGAGUCCGAGGCCACACUGCGAUUGUCACAGCUCGCUGCAAGUGGCUGAAGAAGAAGAUCAUGCAGGCAAGGGAGAGGCUGAAACAGAAAUCAAAGCAAGAUAUUGAAGACGAGGGACAUGCGACUUGUCAGAGGGAUGGGACUGGUGGGAAUGUCAAGUUGUGCCGCCUGCAGCCGCUGCUGGAAGUGCCCAUCCGAGAGGCUGAGGCUCAGCCCUUCGAGGUGCUCAUGCAGUUCCUGUAUACAGAUAAAAUCAAGUACCCUCGCAAAGGGCAUGUGCAGGAUGUGUUACUUAUUAUGGAUGUAUACAAACUAGCUUUAAACUUCAAGCUCUCUCGACUGGAACAGCUCUGCCUUCAGUACAUUGAAGCAUCCGUGGAUCUGCAGAACGUGCUCAUUGUGUGUGAAAAUGCCAACAAGCUCCAGCUGGAUCAGCUAAAGGAACAUUGCCUGAACUUUGUGGUGAAGGAAUCCCAUUUUAAUCAGGUAAUAAUGAUGAAGGAGUUUGAGCAUCUUUCUUCAUCCCUCAUAGUGGAGAUUGUACGAAGAAAGCAGCAGCCUCCUGUUCGAACACAUUCCGAUCAGCCGCUUGACAUCGGAACAUCUUUAAUUCAGGACAUGAAGGCUUACCUGGAAGGAGCUGGGACUGAGUUCUGUGAUAUCAUCCUCCUCUUGGAUGGCCACCCACGGCCAGCACAUAAAGCCAUCCUGGCUGCCCGCUCCAGUUACUUUGAAGCCAUGUUCCGUUCCUUCAUGCCAGAAGAUGGGCAAGUGAACAUUUCUAUAGGUGAAAUGGUUCCCAGCAAGCAAGCAUUUGAAUCGAUGCUUCGAUACAUUUAUUAUGGAGAAGUAAACAUGCCUCCUGAAGACUCCCUCUACCUCUUUGCUGCACCUUACUAUUAUGGCUUCUCCAACAACAGACUGCAAGCCUAUUGUAAGCAGAACCUAGAAAUGAAUGUCACGGUGGAGAAUGUACUACAGAUUUUAGAGGCAGCUGACAAGACCCAGGCGCUGGACAUGAAGAGGCACUGCCUGCACAUCAUUGUUCACCAGUUCACCAAGGUCUCCAAGUUGCCAAAUCUCCGCUCCCUGAGUCAGCUCCUUCUUCUUGACAUCAUAGAGUCAUUAGCUAACCACAUAUCAGACAAGCAGUGCGCAGAGCUGGGCUCAGACAUUUGACACGCUUUGGUAAUCGAGCUUCUCCCUUGUUCCUCAAACAAACUAGCACUUUAUGGCUGGCUCUCUCUUCUACCA